AGCUUUUAUGGGUUUCUUUUUGUUAUUAAUUUUUAGCUUUUAAUUGUAUUUCUCAGUGUUCUUAACUUUUCUUCCAUUGGAUUGUGGUUUCGUAGCUUAUGGCUUUGAGGGUUAUGCUUGUUCUGUUUAUAGAGUUUCUUCCAUUGGAUUGUCAUUUCUAGGCUUUUAGCUUUCUUGGGGUUCUUGUUUUUAAAUCUAUUGGUGAUGCAAAUUCAUGUUCAGUCCUCGUUCGCACGCUUCAUGUGCGGUCAAGGAUAUGAUACCUGGACAAGGAAUGGAUUUUGGACAAUAUAUAGACCCUUUAGAUUCUAUUUCUCAGAGGAAGGAUUUUUAUGGUUAUGAAGGAAAGGAUUCUGGAUUGGCAGCAGUCACUACGUUGGCAUCAUCAUUGGACUAUAUGUCUUCUAGAUCGUCACUCAAACUGCUUUUACCCCUGGGAAACCCUGCACAGGUCCUAAAUGUUCCUGUUAUUCCAAUUGGAACAUUGCUUGCUGCUACCCAUCCUUUUGCAGCUAACCCUCCCUACAUCCUGUCUUGGUUGAGUCCUCAAAUUUCUGCCCCGGACAUGUUGCAGCCAAAGUUGUUUGAAAAGCUUGUUACGGAAAACUUCAAAACAGUGCCUGCCAAGCUUCUCUUGCAGCUAGCAACAAUCUUUGAGGAGGGAGGAUUGCAUGACAGGAGUGGGACAUUCUUUUACAAGAAUCAUCUCAGUAAAAGCAAUGUCCCCGUCUUAGCAAUUGCCGGAGACCAAGAUCUGAUAUGUCCGCCUGAUGCGGUAUAUGUUUGUAAUGAUAUCAAUGGAGCAAAAACAGUGAAGCUUAUUCUCGAGCCAUUGGUCACAUACAAAGUUUUUGGAGAACCAGGUGGUCCGCAUUUUGCUCACUAUGAUAUAGUGGGUGCCCAACUGGCCGUAGAUCCAGUGUAUCCUUAUAUAAUAGAAUUUCUCAAUCAUCAUGACGCAGCUUGAAGUUGUUGAGACUUCUUCUUCAUUUAAGCUUCAUUCUGUAUUUUUUUCCCAUGAAAGAAGGAGCCGACUUAAGAAGAAUCUUCAAGCCAGUCUUGCCCUUAAAAUUCUACAUCAACUAGUACAUAUACAUACAUAAAAGGAGGUAAAGGAUCAAUACCAUGCAUGUAGUUGUAUUGUUGUAUUAAAGUUUGUUAAUAUGUACAGACAUUUAGAAAAAGUAGUGUAUGUUUAUAUGGUAUACAUAUAUCACUACUCUCUCUCUUAGACAACAACAUGUAGUUGUAUUGUUGUAUUAAAGUUUGUUAAUAUGUACAGACAUUUAGAAAAAGUAAUGUAUGUUUAUAUGGUAUACAUA